GUAUUGCAAGGCGCCAUGUCGCGGCGGAGGUGGCGAGGCUCGCAGAGCGGCGAGGGCGGCGGUGGCGGUUCAGGCCGCGAUAUGGUGAAAAUGGCAGGCGGAGGUGGCGGCGGAGGAGAGGGGGGUGGCGGCGGUGGCGGCGGCUCGGGCCGCUACUACGGCGGAGGGCCUGAGGGCGGCCGCGCCCCGAAGCGCCAGAAGACGGAGAACGCCGACCACGGGCCGGGGGGAGCGUCCGGCGGGGAGAACUAUGACGAUCCCCACAAGCCGGCUGCUUCCCCCGUUGUCCACAUCAGGGGUCUGGUUGAUGGUGUUAUGGAAGCUGAUCUUGUGGAGGCCCUGCAGGAAUUUGGCCCCAUCAGCUAUGUGGUGGUGAUGCCCAAGAAGAGGCAGGCCCUGGUGGAGUUCGAGGACAUUCUGGGAGCCUGCAACGCUGUGAACUACGCAGCUGACAACCAGAUAUACAUUGCUGGGCACCCGGCCUUUGUCAACUACUCUACCAGCCAAAAGAUCUCACGUCCUGGGGACUCAGAUGAUUCCAGGGGGGUCAACAACGUUCUGCUGUUCACCAUCCUGAAUCCCAUCUAUUCCAUUACAACGGAUGUGCUGUACACAAUCUGCAACCCGUGUGGUCCAGUACAGCGGAUUGUUAUCUUCAGGAAAAAUGGAGUCCAGGCUAUGGUGGAAUUUGACUCGGUGCAGAGUGCACAGAGAGCGAAGGCAUCUUUGAAUGGGGCUGACAUUUAUUCUGGUUGCUGUACUUUGAAAAUAGAGUAUGCGAAGCCUGCCCGCUUGAAUGUGUUCAGGAACGACCAGGACACGUGGGACUAUACCAACCCCAACCUCAGUGGACAAGGUGAGCCAGGCGGUAAUCCAAACAAGAGGCAGAGGCAGCCCCCUCUCCUCGGCGAUCAUCCUGCUGAGUAUGGAGGGCCUCAUGGUGGCUAUCAUGGGCACUAUCAUGACGAAGGCUACGGCCCUCCACCGCCACACUACGAAGGAAGGCGGAUGGGCCCACCCGUGGGCGGCCGCCACCGGGGACCAAGCCGCUACGGCCCUCAGUACGGACACCCCCCUCCUCCACCGCCACCCCCAGAAUUCGGCCCCCAUGCCGACAGCCCUGUGCUGAUGGUCUACGGGUUGGACCAGUCCAAGAUGAACUGUGACCGGGUCUUCAAUGUCUUCUGCCUGUAUGGAAACGUGGAGAAGGUGAAGUUCAUGAAAAGUAAGCCUGGAGCAGCCAUGGUGGAAAUGGCCGACGGCUAUGCUGUAGACCGAGCCAUCACCCACCUGAACAACAACUUCAUGUUUGAGCAGAAGCUGAAUGUCUGUGUGUCCAAGCAGCAGGCCAUCAUGCCUGGCCAGUCCUAUGGCCUUGAGGAUGGUUCGUGCAGCUACAAGGACUUCAGCGGCUCUCGGAACAACAGGUUUUCGACACCGGAGCAAGCAGCCAAGAACAGGAUCCAGCACCCCAGCAACGUGCUCCAUUUCUUUAAUGCUCCUCUGGAGGUGACAGAGGAUAACUUCUAUGAGAUCUGUGAUGAGCUGGGGGUGAAAAGACCAGCCUCAGUCAAGGUGUUUUCAGGAAAAAGUGAAAGGAGUUCCUCUGGCUUGCUGGAGUGGGAAACCAAAGGGGAUGCCCUGGAAACUCUGGCAUUCCUCAACCAUUACCAGAUGAAAAACCCAAAUGGGCCGUAUCCUUACACACUGAAACUCUGCUUCUCAACCGCUCAGCAUGCCUCGUAAGUUUUGUUUCGAGUCCCUGCCCAGGAAGGCUUCCUCCGUUAUUUUUCCCUCCCCCCCCCCCCUUUCUGGCAAUGCACCCGUUUUCCUUUUUUUUUAAAAAGAAAAGAAAAGAAGAAAAGCCUGAAUAAGCUGAGAAGGAAAGCUCUGCGGCAUUCAGAAGACUCCUGAUUUUAAAACUUACUGUACAUGUGACUUGUUUUUUUUUCCCCAUUCAUACUCUGUGCUGCCUGUGCUGUUUAGCACUCCUUAAUAAAGCUGUUUGGAAAAUA